AUGACCGACAAACCUACAACCUUUAUAAAUUUAACUGACCAUACUUUCGUCAAACCCACAAAACAAAUUAAUGAUCAACAAGAUGUCACGGAAUGGAUAAAUUCAGAAUCUUUUUCGCGUUUAAUGUUAUUCAUUGAAAAGAAUAAUGAAAGUAUUAUUAAUAAAAAGAUCUCGGAUCCUGUCUAUAUAUCUGAGUUUACACAAAAAGUAAUCAAUGCCUUGGACGUUAUGUUGUCUUGGAUCGAUCAAAUUCCACCUCUACCUACACCUCAAAGAUUUGGCAAUAAGGCCUUUAGAGAUUGGAUUUCUCGCUUAGAAAAUAAUGCUUAUAUCAUUCAUCAAGAAUUUCUUCCACCUCAAUAUCAUAAAGCUAUCAUUGAACUAGUACCAUAUUUUACUGGAAGUUUUGGGAAUGGUACACGUAUUGAUUAUGGUAGUGGGCAUGAAUUGAAUUUCGUCGCGUGGUUAUGUUGUCUUCGUUUGAUAGGUAUAUCUGAAGAACAAGAUUAUGCGGCAUUGAUAUUAAGAAUAUUCACAAAAUAUUUAGAUCUAGUGAGGCGAUUACAACGUGUUUAUAUGCUUGAACCAGCGGGUAGUCACGGUGUUUGGGGUUUAGAUGAUCAUCAAUUCCUUUCAUAUUAUUGGGGAAGUGCUCAAUUAAGAGAUCAUAAGCAUUUAAAGCCUAACUCUAUAUUAUUGGAAGAAUUGGUGAACAUUUAUUCCGACGAUUAUAUAUAUUUUGGAUGUAUUAAAUACAUUCAUGAGGUUAAAAAAGGACCAUUUCACGAACAUUCUCCUUUAUUACACGAUAUUACAGGAGUUCCAAAUUGGACCAAAGUCAAUUCUGGAUUGUUAAAAAUGUAUGUGGCUGACGUACUUCAAAAAUUUCCAAUUGUUCAACAUUUCCUAUUUGGUAGUUUGCUACCUUUAAAGCCCGCAGAAGGAAAUCAAGGAUAA